AUGUCGGAGUCCUACGACUAUCUUUUCAAAUUUCUCAUCAUUGGACGUGCGGAUAGUGGCAAAUCCUGCCUGCUGCAUCACUUUAUCGAGAACAAAUUUAAGGAGGAUAGUUCGCACACAAUCGGCGUGGAGUUUGGUUCACGAAUCGUGAACGUUGGUGGAAAGUCGAUUAAGCUACAGAUCUGGGACACAGCCGGACAAGAACGGUUCCGAUCGGUAACGCGGUCUUACUAUCGUGGUGCAGCGGGUGCACUACUGGUCUACGACACAACCUCGCGCGACAGCUUUAACGUGCUGUGGAACUGGCUGAACGAUGCUCGCACACUGGCUAGCCAAAACAUCUGCAUUUUGCUGGUGGGAAACAAAAAGGAUCUGGAGGAAGACCGUGAGGUAACGUUUCUGGAAGCGAGCAACUUUGCCCAGGAGAACGAGCUUAUCUUUCUGGAGACGAGCGCCAAGACAGGUGAAAAUGUGGAGGAAGCAUUCUUGAAAUGCUCAAAAACCAUCCUGGCCAAGAUCGAAACGGGUGAACUGGAUCCAGAACGGAUCGGUAGCGGUAUUCAGUAUGGAGAUGCCGUGGCACGUAAUGCAGCUGGCGGAACGCUCGCGAGUGGACAGCAACCGAGGAGUCGUCUGAGGCCGGACUGUGCUGGAAGCGGCAGCUGCCGAUCAUCGUAG